AUGACCACCGCUCCCUCGGGUGUUCAACAGUAUGCUGCCCGCUACUUUGAUGCCUCGCCAACCUGGUUCCGCUGGAACAAGCUCUCCGCCGCCGAUGUCUACAAACUUCGCGAAGAGCCUGGCUUCCGCGGGCAAAAUGUCUGGUUUUGGCUGAACCACCCUAUACAGUUCGUGCGAAUUGUCGGAUUUGUGUGCCAGAUCGAUCAAGUGGCCGGAGGAAGAUACAUUCUCAUGACUGUCGACGACGGGAGUGGCGCCAACAUUGAGGUCAAGUUGGAGCGGCCCGUGGCAUAUCGGGAGCAGAACGGAGCAGUCUACUCUAGCAAGACAAGUCUCGACAAUGUCGAAGUCAUGUCACACUUCGGAUUACCUGUAUUGAUCAUUGGCAAAGCGACAGUCGACAUGGGCACAGUCAUCAUUGCUGAAGGGAAGGUGGAGAGCUACAACCAAUCUCGCCAAAUCAUCGCUCUUCGUCUUGGACUGGUCAAAGAUACCAAUGAGGAAGCGAUACACUGGUCCAAGGUCGCAGAUUGGAAGAUAAGAGUCUUGAACAAGCCUUGGGUGCUGUCAUCAGACCAGAGGACAGCCAUCGACGCGAAGUUGAUCGAGGCAGAAAGGGUGACAGAGCAGCAGUCGCGACGACGUAAGAAAAAGUACGCAAAGCUCGAAGAGCUGAGGAGGCGGCAUGAGGAGAAGAUCGAGGCGAAGAGGAAGCAGCGCACCGAGUACUACAAUCAAGGUGCACUCCCAGGUUCACAUAUUCUCAAGAUGCCCUGGGACGACUGA